AUGAGCAAUAAACAAGCAGGUUGUUUCGUUUAUCGUGUGAUAGACGCAGAAUAUCCCAUUGUUGUUAGAUCUGCACCUAGUUGGGAUGAUGCCUAUAAAACAAAGAUACAAGCCAAGAAUGGGAAUUUGGUUUCCAUUGAUUGCAUUAUUCAAGUAGAUCACGACAACAACAAUAAUAAAGGAGGUCCCAAAUUCUUGAGACUUGCCGAUGGAUCUGGCUGGUUAUUUGAUAGGGCAUUCUCCAGCAAUGGGAACGGACCCGUCAUCAUGGAGCCUGUUCCAGUCGAAUCGGGUCUUUGGUGCUUUUAUGUAGACAACAAUCCAGUUGGAAUACUACUUCGGAACCACCCCAUUGAUGAUUGCGCAAGCACUGAUCUGAAUAAUUUUGUUCUACCUGGGAUAACUCUUCCGCCACAGCAAAAGAUCUACUGCGACCGGAAAGUAAUUGAUGGAUCGACGACCUUCUAUCGCAUCCAAGGUUCCAUAUCGUCUUGGGUCUUUGACAAGCGUGGCGCUCGGUUUAUGCUAGUUCCGGAACACAGCAUCGCUUGUGGUCUUUUUGCCUAUCAAAUAACAAGUAAUGAUGGCGUCGCGAUGAGAGAUCAACCAGACGUUGGAGAGGAAGCAAAGAUACCAAAUUGCAUCGCCGAUGUAGGAAAUCUAGUCGUCGGUGACUACCUUCGACAAUCGCCGCAUGGCGAAAGCAAUGGCCCAUUUUUGCGUUUGACAAAUGGAAUGGGGUGGCUUUUUGGAUACAAAUAUUGUCAACAGGUAAUGAGAGAAGUCUUAAUUGGGACGGGGCUUUGGUAUUGGAAAGUGGUGAACAGAAUUCAGUUGCGCAAGCAACCCAUUGAUCUCUUCCAGUAUCGCUUUCCUACAGAAUAUCCUCCAGGUGCUAUCUUGACGUGCGAUCGUCAGAUUAUUGGGGCCAAUGGAGUAAAGUUUUACCGCGUCAAAGGGACAACUGGAUGGGUCUUUGAUAGACGAGAUGACUAUUCAAUGCUAACUCCUUGUAGUGCUCCAAACGGGAAUUCUUUAGUCAUGAUGAGUUCACCGCCUGCUUCAUCAUUGCCAAUAAGUUGGACGAUUGAUUUUGUCAGGGGGGUGGCAUGUGCCAUUGAAGGAAUCCAAGAGAUUGGAUUGAAUGAAGAGAGUCGAAUUAUUUCGUUUUCCAAAGAUGGACCCACGAAAACUCGAAUCAAUGUCUAUUAUACGACAAGAACUAUCGGUACAGUCUUAGAUCAUCCGAGCCAAGGGAGGACACAACUAUUCCGUCGUGAUUGUACCAUUGGUGAACUUGCUGAGAUUAUGAGAAAUCCUCGGGUUCAUACGAGUAAAGGAUACACUCGAAAAAGGCAGAGAACUAGUGCGGAACAAGCAGGAAGCAGCAUCGAUGCGGAAGAAGAAACAAGAAACAAGUUAAUAGAAGUGGACGAGGCACUGGAGACUCUCGAAGAGCGGCGACGCAACUUGGUAGCGUCCAUUGUAGAACACGAUUCAAAACGUCAUAGGUUGGAAGGGGACGCCUCCAAAUUAUUGAACAACCAUGUACAAACAUGCGAUAAUGAAAAACGGCUGGCCGACAAUGCACGAGAGAUGGCGAUACGGCUAGUAGCCAACGCUGAAAGAGAAAAGGCGUCACGAACGUGCCAGAUUUGCAACCGUGUAUUUGGUUCUGUCCAAGCCCUCGACAAUCACAAUGGCGCUGUUCAUACCCAUCAAUGCAAGUUUUGCUACAAACAGUUUAGCAACCCACACGCUUUGAACCAGCACUGCACAGCUACGGGACAUUUUUAA